AUGAACUCACAUUUUCUUCAUCCUAUAACAUUCAAAUCUAAUCAACUACAUAAACUCAAAAAAAGAUGAAUCCUAUGCUUUAUUUGCUUCUUGCCUUAACCACUGUUUUGGCCGUGACCGCAAGCCCUGGCGAACCAGUCCUCGACAUCAAUGGUGAUAUCAUAUUCGACGGCAGUUACUACGUUAUCCCCCGCAUCUUCGGCCCUGGAGGUGGUGGUCUAACUCUCGCCCCCCGUCGUGGCAUUUGUCCCCUCUAUAUCGGACAGGAAGAUUCAGAGGUCAAAAUGGGCAUUCCCGUGAGAUUCUCAGACUGGAGGAUUAAAGUUGCGUUCGUUCCCGAAUCAACAAACCUCAACAUCAAGAUGGACGUCCUGGUCAACAUAUGUUCCCAGCCAAGCUAUUGGAAUGUCGCUGGACCCAACAUUGAAAUGAGGGAGGUGUACUUACCGGCUGGUCCUAAGCCAUCAAAUGGUUUAUUCCAAAUCGAGAAACUUAAAGAUGCUAUUGGGGGUUACAAGAUUGUGUUUUGUCCUAACGACAGUAGCUAUUGCCACGAUAUUGGGAUAUUUGUGGACAAACUUGGCGUUCGACGUUUGGUUUUAAGCAAAACGCCAUUCGAGGUUGUGUUCGUGAGAGCUACCGUGACAAAGACUUCGUCCAAGCCUAUUAUGUCUAUCAUCUAAGAAAAAUUAAAGGCUGCAAAAUUAAAAGGAUAUGAGUUAUAAGCUACGACUAAUAAUAAAACUCUAUCUUUGUUUCAUGUUUUCUUUGUUCAUCAAUCAUAAAUGGAAUAAAACAUCUUUCC